CCCCGCCCCCCCCGCGCGCGCCGCCGCCAUGAGCCGGGGGGGGGAGGGACCGGGACCCCCCCCGGGACCGGGACCGGCACCGGGACCGGGACCGGCACCGGGAAACCCCCCCGGGAGCGAGCGGGGCGGGCAGCGCGUGAAGGGGCGCGUCCUCGCGGCCUGGAACAGCGUCAAAUACGGCUGGACGCUGCGGCCGCGGCCCCACUUCCACCCGCGGGACCCCCUGUACCUGCUGGGGAGGGUCUACACACCGGGGAACGGGGAGGACCUGCAGAGGUUCCGGCGGGAUUUCUGCUCCCGUUUGUGGCUCACCUACCGCAGCGGAUUCCCGGCGCUUCCCGGUUCCCCCCGCACCACCGACUGCGGCUGGGGCUGCACCCUGCGCAGCGCCCAGAUGCUGCUGGGCCAGGGGCUGCUGCUGCACCUGCUGGGCCGGGACUGGGUGUGGCCGGAGGCGCCGCUGGAAACGAAAGCCGGGAGGUCCCGAGGGAGCCGCGACCCCCCGGGACGGACUCGGGACCCCCGGGAUGGAUGGAGGGACCCCCGGGAUGGGCUGAGGAACCCCCCAGGAUGGAUCCAGGAGCCCCCAGGAUGGACGCGACCCCCCCAGAAUGGACAGGGACCCCCCAGGAUGGACACGGAGUCACCCGGGGGGGAACGGGAUUCACCGGGGAAGCUCCGGGACCCCCCGGGGAAGCUCCGGGACCCCCCGGGGAAACUCCGGGACCCCUCAGGGAAGCUCCGGGACCCCUCGGGAGGCGCAGGGGAUCCCCCGGGACAGCUCCGGGACUCCCCGGGGAAGCUCCGGGAUCCCCCGGGACAACUCCGGGAUCCCCCGGGAAAGCUCCGCGAUCUCCCGGGGAAGCUCCGGGACCCCCAAGAACAGCUCCGGGACUCCCCGGGGAAGCUCCGAGACCCCUCGGGACGGGCACGGGAUCCCCCGGGACAGCCCCGGGACCCCUUGGGACACCUCCGGGACCCCUCGGGACAACUCCGGGACCCCCCGGGGAAUCUCCGGGACCCCUCGGGACAACUCCGGGACCCCUUGGGACACCUUCGGGACCCCCCAGAACAGCUCCGGGACUCCCCGGGAAAGCUCCGGGACCCUCCGGGACAACUCCGAGAUCCCCCGGGACAGCCCCGAGACCCCUCGGGACAGCCCCGAGAUCCCUCGGGACGGGCACGGGACCCACCGGGGAAGCUCCAGGACCCCCCGGGGAAUCUCCGGGAUCCCCCGGGACAACUCCGGGACUCCCCGGGGAAGCUCCGGGACCCCUCGGGACAGCCCCGGGACCCCUCGGGACGGGCACGGGACCUCUCGGGACACCUCCGGGACCCCCCGGGGAAGCUCCGGGACCCCCCGGGGAAGCUCCGGGACCCCUCGGGACGGUCACGACCCCUCCCGGACACCCCCCGAGCCCCCCGGGAGGCGGAGCAGCGGCACCGAGCCAUCAUCUCCUGGUUCUCCGACCACCCCCGCGCCCCCUUCGGGAUCCACCGGCUCGUGGAGCUGGGCCGGGAGUUCGGGAAAAGCGCCGGGGACUGGUUCGGUCCCGCCAUCGCCGCCCACCUCCUCCGGGGGGCUGUGGAAUCCUGCACCGAGACCCCCGGGCUCGCCGUCUACGUGGCCCAGGAUUGCACCGUUUACAAAGGGGACGUGGCCAGGCUGGUGAGGGGCGACCCUGAGGGGGGGACACCGGGAAUAACACCGGGAAUACCGGGAAUGACAGCGGGAAUACCGGAAAAACCGGGAAUAACGUCGGGAAUACCGGGAAUGACACUGGAAAAACCGGGAAUAACACCGGGAAUACCGGAAAAACCGGGAAUAACACCGGGAGCACCGGGACACGGAACACCGAGAACACCGGGAAUACCGGAAAAACCGGGAUACGGAACACCGGGAAUACCGGGAACACCCGGACACGGAACACCGGGAAUACCGGGACACGGAACACCGGGAACACCGGGACACGGAACACCGGGAAUACCGGAACACGGAACACCGAGAGUACCGGGAAUACCGGGAAUGCUGGGACACGGAACACCGGGAAUAGCGGAAAUACCGGGACACGGAACAUCGGGAAUACCGGGAAUAACACCGGGAACGCCGGAAAAAACGGGAAUACCGGGAAUACCGGAACACGGAAUACCGGGAACACCGGGAAUAACACCGGGAAUAACACCGGGAAUACCGGGAUACGGAACACCGGGAAUACCGGGAACACCGGGAUACGGAAUACCGGGAACACCGGGAAUAUCGGGAACACCGGGACAUGGAAUACCGGGAACACCGGGAAUGCUGGGACACAGAACACCGGGAAUACCGGAACAUGGAAUACCGGGAUACGGAACACCGGGACAUGGAACACCGGGAAUACCGGGAGCACCGGGAAUACCGGGAGCACCGGGAGCACCGGGAACACCGGAACCGGAGCGGCACCGCGGGCUCGUCCUGCUGGUCCCGGCGCGCUUGGGGGGCGAGAGCCUGAACCCGGUGUACGUGGAGUGUGUCAAGGAGCUGCUGCAGCUCCGCUCCUGCCUCGGCAUCAUCGGGGGGAAGCCCCGGCACUCGCUUUAUUUCCUCGGAUUCCAAGGCGAUUCCCUGCUCUACCUGGACCCCCACCUGUGCCAGCCCUGCGUGGACACAACCCGGGAGAAUUUCCCUCUGCAGUCCUUCCACUGCCGCUUCCCACGGAAAAUUCCCUUCGGGAAGAUCGACCCCAGCUGCACCUUCGGCUUCUACGCGGCCGCGGCUGAGCUGGAGCAGCUCUGGGGGGAGCUGGGCCGGGUUCUGGCCUCCUCCCGGGCUCCGGAGCGUUAUCCCAUCUUCACCCUGGCCGAGGGUCUCGCUCAGGACCAAACCCUGGAGCCCCCUCCCCCCCCCGAAGCCCCCCUCCCCAAAAAACCCAACUCGGACGACUUCGUCUUCCUCUGACCCCUCCCCCCCCCCAAAAAAAAAACCACUGGAUGGACCCCCCGGAU